AUGCCACAAUCCGCUUUCAUCGAGUUGUUCAACGGGAGGGUUGAGCCUAGCAUCCUUGUUUCUUCGGCACUGCUAUCAAUUAUGAAGGCCCCUCCAUCUCUCUCUCUCUCUCUCGGGCACCACUUAGUUCCGUAUAAACACAGCGAAAUUAGGGCUAAUGAAAUUACAAAUUCAUUUCCUCUCUGUCUCUCCGUAUUUCUUGCAAAUUCUUUUUCCCAAAACCAUCCACCAUUUGCGGUGACGCCCACUCCGCAUCCCCUACCCACACUCGGUAUCACUAAUGCCCGUUUUCGUAUGGUCCCGUGGUGCAUCGAUUGUCGGGUUGUCAAAAGUCGUCGUGGACGUCGUGGUGUUACCGGCGCUUCAUCGCCAGCCCUCAGCUCUCCAACUCUGCUAAGUGGAGACACUCCAGCUGUAACCCCCGCAGACGGACACCAGACGUCGCCAGUGCACGCGGCCCCGUCUGUUACCGCGGCAGCCGCCACCACCACUACCACCGCGACGGUCCGUCGCUUUGGCGGACCCUAUUACCCCAUCGCGGACAUCGAUUCCAUGCCCUCAAAUGUCAAAUGCAUGGUGCUUCAGCAGAACCUCCACCAGAUCCUCCAGGCCUGGCGUUCAGCGAAGCAGAUGCUCAAAGAACUCGACCAGCGCACGGCCGCGUCGUCGUCCGGUGGUGGCGCGGGGGGCCGCGGCAGCUCCAGCCGUUCGCGAGGCGGAGGCCGUGGACAGAAGCGCGCUCCCUCAGCCAACCCCGAGGACCCCCCUGCAGCCCCCUCGCCUCAAGCCCCUUUCACUCCGACCCCGCCCACCACCUCCACCUCAAACUGA